GCGAAGCAUCAGUCAACGACGACACACCUCCAGUGAGCAAACAUUCAGCUUUCACAGCGAUUAUCUACUUAAUCUGAGCAACAAUUUCAACCAGAGCAACAAUGAAGCUAUUCAUCUUCGCUAUAGUCGCUGCAAUUGCAAUCAGUAGCAUCGUAGAGGCAUAUCCACAGCAGGCGCACUACCAAAACCUAGUGUAUUAUCCACCACCAACACGACCACCACGUCCCAUUUUAGUGCGUGUGGCACGUGAUGUUGGUGUUGGUGGCUCAUUGGCCAGUAAUCCUCGUGGUGGUGCAGAUGCACGUCUGGAAGUGGGCAAAGCUAUUGGUGACCCUAAUCACAAUCUAAUUGGAAGCGCCUUUGCUGCGGGAAACACUGAUCGCGGUCCAGUCACCACUGGUGGCACGUUGGCCUACAAUAACAACGGUUUGGGCGCCGCCAUCUCCAAGACUCACACCCCUGGAGUACGUGACACCUUCACACAAAGCGUGAGCGCUAAUCUAUACAAUAACGGUGUACACAGCUUGGAUGCGAAUGCCUUUAAGUCACAGAAUACACUGGCCAAUGGUUUCAAAUUCGACCGCAAUGGUGGCGGCUUGGAAUACUCCCACAUCAAUGGCCAUGGCGCCAGUUUGACUAAGAGCACCAUUCCCAAUUUUGGCAGCCAAUUGGAAUUGGGCGGCAAAGCAAAUUUGUGGUCCUCAUCGGAUCGCAAUACUCGUGUGGAUUUAACUGGAAGUGCUUCAAAAUGGACCAGUGGCCCUCUGAGUGGACAGCGAGACUACUUCGGUGGGGUGGGUCUCACUCAUAUGUUUGGUUGAAAGAGUAGAUGAAGCGCAUUGAGUGGUGAAAUGUUCCUGGUGUACUUAAAAUAUGAAAAUAUGAAGAGUUGUAUUGUUAGAAUUUCGUAAUAUUAUAAAAACAAAAAGGAAAAAAAUUAUAUAUUUAUUGGUUCAAAAAGAUAAUACGCUUAAAAUAUUCAUAAUAAAUUAUUAUUUUGAAAUCGA